UCAAAGUAUAUCAUAUGGAUGGUUCAGAGGUGACGAUGACGCAACUUGUAAAAACUAAGAAUAUAUAUAUAGCCAAAUUUAACAAUAUAGUACCGGGUGACUAUAUUGCAAAAGUGAGCGUUACGGACGGAGAUGCAGAUCUCAUGAUAACGGGAGCGUGCUCGUUUUCAUUUCGACAUGGAUUCUCACCGUUUCCACCAUCAUCUAUAAAUGAAACCAUUUUUACUCCAUCUUUAGGAGAAAAAGGGUUUCUAUCCGUCGAACUCAUAAGUGAAGAUACUGCUAAUGAUGUGAAACUAUUGGGUGUACAAAUACGUGACAUAGAUGGAAACGCUGUCAUGAAUUUAACACUAAACAUCGCUAAUGCAAAAGAAAAUUUGUAUGUAUCUGAUGGAUUUGUAGCUCCAGAUAAAGCGUUCAAGAUUGCUAUUGUAGGUGCUGCUGAAAAUUGUGGAAAAAAGGAAAUUAUAAGAGUUACUAAGUCAAGCAUCGAACCUAUGAAUCACAGUCCUGGUAUAUUCAAUCAGGUCCCAACCAUACAAAAGUUAGAAAUUAUAACAGCUGAUAAGGAUACAGUUUCAAUACUAUGUAAGGCUAGUGGCUAUCCCAAACCAAAAAUCAUCUGGAAAGAUAGGAAUGGAGACACUAUAAGCAACGCUACAGCAGUCGACGACGAUGUAACUGGGAAACAAAUAACUAGUAUCCUGACAAUGAUAGAACCUGAAGACAAUCUAUUUACAUGUGAAGCCACUAAUGACGCCGGCACGGACUCUGAUUUUAUUCCCUUAAAGUUACCAAGGAAACCAGUGAUUGAUAAAACAAUUAAAGAAAUAGUUAAAGUUAAAGGUAACGAAGUUGAAAUAUUUUGCAGCCUCAAGCAAGGGAAUCCAAAGCCAAAAAUUUCUUGGUACUUUAUGGAAGAUAAUGAUAAUGAAUAUGUAAAAUUAAAAUACACAAGCGAAUCAUUGCUCAUAUAUAAUUUGGGUAUUCGUAACUCUGGCUCGUAUAAAUGUGAGGCGGUCAACUCUGAAGGUAGUGAUACCUAUGAAAUGGAUCUUUUUAUAUCAGAUCCCUGGGAAAAAAAAGUUAAAGCGUACGAAGGUGAAUUGGUAACAUUGAAUUGUCCCGGUCGACCUAACAGAGCACAGCCUUCCGUGCGAUGGUUCGUCGACGAUCGCGAAGUUGUCAACGGUGGAAGAUAUCAUAUUCAUAGAAACCAUUCUUUAAGUUUCAAAGCAAGCACUUAUGACUACGGUCGAUACGAUUGUGUCUCAAUCAAUCGGAAAAAGCGGGAGAGAAGAAAAAUGUUUAGACUUAAAAUAGAUCCAGUUUUACAGUUCAGAAACCUAAACUAAUAUUUUGUUAUGGCUUUUAUGUAAACAAAGUAUUAAAUAGA